AUGUGGAACCGACACAAAAUAGCUAAACGCGAAGAAGCCCGUCGUGCUCGCUCCAUGAAGCAAUUAUCACCCAAUGGCGCCUCACUUCCUGAAGCACCAUCACCGAUGUAUGGUCAGGAGCCCUACAGUUCUAUCGGUACUUAUCAUGUUGAUGUGCCAGAUGGGUAUCUGGAAGAAUCAGAUGUGAAGGAUCUUCACAAUCAAGACUAUUCUUAUGGGCAAGAUAUGCUACCAUCCAUGGAGACGGACAAUACGCAGUUCGAACACCUUCAAUCCCAACCGAUAGACUCGUUGCAACACAAAGAUGGUGGUUUGAAUGUCUCGUCUAAUACCAAAGAUCAACGCCGGCGAUCCCGCAAGCAUCCGCAUGAGAAGCGCAAGUCCUCUAAGCGUAGGACACGCUCUUCUCGUCAGCAUUACUCGAUCGGCUCGUCUCUACUGCAUCAAGCCAAUUCAGGAUCUGUUCCCGAAAGUCGUGUUCAGGCCGAACUUCAGCGCCGAACUCGAGAAUUCAGACCCCAUUCACGGUACGGGAUGCUUGAGCGACCAUGCUCUUCGCCUGUCGAUGCAGACUCUAUGUCGGACCUUGAUCAGCUUUCGUAUGGGCAGAAUCAUGACAAGGCCACUCCUGUUGCGGUCACAUCUUCGCAAGGUCCCGGCACGAGACUCGGUGCCUCUAAAAAGUCGGCAACUCUAGAUCCUGCUCCACAGGAGCCCGAUAUACUUCACGAGGGAAACAAAUUCGUCGGCGUGAAUCAGCGAGUGCUCAGAUACCUGCAAUCAUUAGGCACUGAUGAUCAAGAGACUAACGAUGAUUCAUCCGCCAACGCACGUUCCGGUUCGACUCAAAAGCACCAGCUUUCCACCCAAAGUAAUGUUUUCUAUGACACAGACGAUAGUCUGGGUUAA